UCUCUUUUUUAUAUUAUCUUUUAAAAACAAAAAAAAUUGAAGAAAAAUAAAACGAUUAAAAUUCUAAUUUUCAGAAACAAACCCUCCGUCCCUCCUUGCAAUCGUUUCAGAACACUGCAAAUAUGUUUGAGAAGCAAAGUUAAUAUGUUUUUCUCAGAAAGCAAACCCUAACGAAGAAACCUUCAUUUCAAUCCUUUGAGUUCAUCCGCAACCGUUGUUCGUCGAAGAUACUGUUUGCUCAUUCGCAUCUUCUUUCGGAGAUACAGUUUGCUGUUCUUUAUUGCUUUCUUCCUGCACAUGGUCGAUUCCUACAGUGCCUUCGACUUCACCGUCGUUGUCUGAUCAUUUGGCUUCUUCACAAUUUGGUUUACUCCAAGCAAUGUUGCUGCUGCAGCAAUUAAAAAAGUUGGAGCAAAAACUAUUUUGGGGAAUUUUCAAUUGCUAUAGUGAGCUUUUAAAGGAACAGAUAGAGCAAAAGAGAGAAAAGAAUGGUUUGACAUGUUUAAAGUAAGACGUGUAAUUUUCUUUUUAGUAGUUUGAUGAUAAUGUAUUUUUUAGUGUUUAAUUUACUUUUCUUAUAUAUUAUGAGUGGUCAACGUUGUUGGAAAUAAAAUUUGAAGAAUUUCAGAGACAAAUGUUUGCUAUGAUAGCGUGCUCUUCUAAGGAUCUUUCUAGUGCCCAUUCUUGUACUCAUCCAUCCUCAUUACGAAGACGAAGAUGAGGAUGAUGAGCAGUGGAUGAAGAUGAAGAUGAAUGAUGGAUUUAAGCCCAGGUAGAUUUACAAAUUCGUAACUCUCACGUCAAAAACCUCCAUGUCGCUACCACAAUUGGAAUUGCAUACUGCUUUUUAAAGCCAUCAAUUUCAUCCUUUUGUGCCAGCAUCUCACCUCUUUUUUAGAACUAAUGCAUGACAUUUGGUCAAUCUUGCAUAAGAUGGGAGAGCAUGUGCCAUAUAUAAAUGGGAUAUCAUCCCUAUUUCAAGUGAAGGAUCUAUAAUAAAACUCAAAUUUUGAACUCCAAGGAGCUUGCAUGUGAUGGGAGUGUAUGAACAUGGAAAGUGGAUCAUGUGUCUGGAAGAUGACAAGCAGUUCUAUUUAUAAAUAACCUGUAAGAUCUUUUUUGAUCUAGUACAUGUGUGUGAGUUGAUCAAGGAUUUCAACUAGGGGUGUGCAAAAUAUCCGGUUUUGAUGUCCAAAUCCAUAACCAAACCUAAAUCACUUUUAAAUAUCCGGAUAUAAUUGAAUGGUUAUUAACCGGUUUAGUUAUAAAUGGUUUGGUUAUCCAUUCAUAUAAUCCGGAUAUAAUUAAACGGUUAUUAACCGAUUAAAUUAUUUUGGAUUCGGUUAUAAUUCGGUUAUUAUCCAAAUCCAAAUAUUUUAAUUCUCAAAAUAUUAAUUUUUUUUUAAAAAAAAUAAUUUUGAAAAAAAUAAUUUUUAAAACUGGAUUUUUUAAAAAAACCGGUUAUAUAAUCAUAACCAAAUUUAUAACCAGUUUUGAUUAAAAUGUGGUUAUGGUUAUAAAUCCAAACCAUUUAAAUGGUUUUAAAAUGGUUAUGGUUUGGUUUUUGAAAAUAACCAACCAUGCACACCCCUAAUUUCAACACAUGUUAACAUAUGUUUAAACGUGUGGUGUGAUUCAUGUUCCUCCAACAGAGACAUGCCUGACAAUACUGCACACGUGAAAAUGGUUAUGUUUAUGAUUAAAACACGUUUUAGGUGAAACAUUUGCAUUGAAAAUGUUAUAAUAAUGCAAAUGAGUUGGAAUUAUACCUUGGAGGAGACAAAGCUCUAACAUUUUUGUAAUAAUGUCUAAAUUCAAAUCUGGAUUAGUUGGCCUCAUUGAUAUGUGAUUAAGAUGUGAUUCCUUAUGUCGCCUAACACCUUUGAUAUAAAUUGAGAAGAUGCCAAUGGAAAAAUACAGAUCCAUAACUCAAUUCAACAUUCAAACAAAGGCUUCUCUUUUUCUUCUCUUUAGCAGAAAAAAAAAAUGGCAGUAUCUCCUAUGAAUACAAAAUCCAAUUUCCAUGGCCGCUCAAUCAGCUUGCCAUCUAGACCACACCCCCUCAUUCUUAAAUGUAAUCAACAUUUGGAAACCUUACAAAGGUCUUCCGAUGAAACCUCCUCCUCAUCGUCAGUUUUCCAUAAGAUUGAUGGCUUGCGAGAUUUGAUCGAGUGUGUUGAAAAUUUGAUUCAGCUUCCACUAACACAAGAUGCACUUCUCCAUGAUCAGCAUCAAGAAAAUUGGGUAAAUAACCUAUUGGAUGGAUCCUUAAGGCUAUUAGAUGUGUGUAGUUCAGCCAAAGAUGCUGUAAUUCAUACAAAAGAAUGCACAAGGGAACUUCAAUCCAUCAUUAGAAGAAGAGGAGGCGGAACGGAGGUCACUGCAGAGGCUAAGAAGUUUUUGACAUCUAGAAAGGUUGUGAAAAAGGCCAUCUCCAAAGUAUUGACAAAUUUGAAGGCUAAUACUAAAAAUUGCAAUGUCUUGUCUACAAAGAAAGAUCAUCAAACAGAGGCUUUGAUUAAAUUAUUACAAGAUGUUGAAGUAGUUACACUUUCUACAUUUCAAACAAUACUGCAAUAUAUCUCAGGGACCACACAGUCAAAGUCAAAUAUCUUCGGUUCCAUUUCGAAGCUAAUCCAACCCAAAAGAGUUGCUUGCUCACUAUUGACAGAUGAAAGUGAAUUUGCCCAAGUAGAUGUAGCAUUGCAGUGUUUCUUAUUUACCAAGACUAGAAAACUUGAAGGGAUCAAUGAUCUCCAAAACCACUUGGAGAAAACGGAGUCAUGCAUUCAAGACCUUGAAGAAGGGCUUGAGUUUUUGUUUAGGCGUCUUAUUAAAAUCAGAGUCUCACUUCUAAAUAUCCUCAACAAUUAGUAGAACUUCUAUGAGACUCAAAAUUUUGUAGUGAUAUAGAUACACUUGUACAUGGAAAUUAUAUGUGUAAAUAUAUAGCAAUAAUAAAGUGAUACUUUUUAUUAAUUUCCUAUUGCAACAUCUUCUUAUACCUGAUGAUUAUUUACUAACUUUAGAUCAAAUAAAUCAUGACAAUAGCUUUAGGAUUUUCUUUGUUUUGGACUUGCACUGAUGGACGCUAUUUUGGUUUUCAAGUGGAAGUCUAAGUUCCUAAAGAAAUUAUGGUUUCUAACUCAACAGAAAUAUUAUUAUCAUACAUAACAUAGUUGAUGAAUAGAGUGGAGGUGCAAUAAAGGACCCAUCCAUAAUGUGUAACACUUACUAUGCCAAUAUAGGACUCUGUACCUUAUAUGAUGCAUAUUCCAAUACUACACAAUUGCGUUCUUUUACGGAUUGUUAGGUAUCAAUAGGAUGACAAAAAUGGA